GAAAGCAUCAGCUUACUUCAGGCCUGAUUCAUCAACAACUCUGUUCCUCAGAGCAGUGACCCCUGACCCCAUGCUCUUACUGAUCGCAUUUAGACGGGAAGGUGUUAAAAGACCAGCGUUUCCAGCAGGAUACCAUUCAUGCUGUACAGUUUUAUUCAGGUGCAGUAAUGAAUGGACACACAGUGGUAGCAUGUUUCUUAGCCAGCCUGCUGAUAGUCUGUACCCGAGGUGGGAACAUUCUAGUCGUCCCUGUAGAUGGCAGCCACUGGAUCAACAUGAAAUUUUUGGUGGAGGCACUACAUUCCAAAGGACACAACAUUACAGUCAUACGAGCAGCAAAUAGCUGGUAUAUCGAAGAAUCUUCCCCUUUUUACACUUCAAUCACCAUACAAAGUACGGGCAUGUUUGAUGAGGAGUUCAUGGGUGGAUACAUAAACAAACUUUUGAAAAUCCGGAGGGAGGGCUCAAUUUUCCCUCGUCUGAAACUGGAAAAAGAGUUGUGGGAAAAAAAAAUAGACAUGUUUGAAAAUGAGAAGAAAGUGUUGUUGCGUGUAGUUGAGGACAAGCUGUUGGUAAAGUCUUUAAAAGAUACCAAAUAUGAUGUGUGUCUUACAGAUCCUGCUUUGAUUAGUGGGGUCAUUAUAGGACACUUUCUGAAACUGCCUCUUGUCUUUAACGUUCGAUGGACAGUCCACGGAGAAGGUCAUUUUGCCACAGCUCCUUCACCACUAUCCUAUAUCCCUGUGCCGAUGAUGGAGUUUUCUGAUCGCAUGAGCUUUUUCCAGAGAGUAAAAAAUGUACUUAUGUACUUGAUCAUACAAUUACAGAUCAAGUAUUACCUCAACUCAAUGUACAACGCACUGUGUGAUCGUGUUUUUGGUCCAGGAGUAAACUACUAUGAAAUAGUCCAAGGAGCAGAUUUAUGGCUCUACAGAAGUGACUUUAUCUUUGAAUUCCCACGACCCACUAUGCCAAACAUUGUCUACAUGAGUGCUUUUCAGUGCAAACCAUCAAAGUCUCUUCCACGAGAUCUUGAGGACUUUGUGCAGAGUUCUGGUGAACAUGGAGUCAUCAUCAUGUCUCUGGGCACGUUGAUUGAACAGCUUCCUCGUGAUGUUGCUGAUGCAGUAGCUGAAGCAUUUGCAGAGCUUCCACAGAAAGUUAUCUGGGCAUAUAAAGGAGAAAGACCAUCAACCCUUGGAAACAACACUUUACUGGUGGACUGGAUGCCUCAGAAUGAUCUCCUUGGUCACCCCAAGACCAGGGCCUUUGUGGCACAUGGUGGAACUAAUGGAGUUCAAGAAGCUAUCUAUCAUGGAGUUCCUCUUGUUGGGUUCGGGCUCAUCUGGGAUCAGCCUGACAAUCUUUCAAAAAUGAAAGUGAGGGGAGCAGCUAAGAUGGUGGACAUUGCAACCUUGGACAAGAACUCCUUCCUCCAAACUGUAAAAGAAGUUCUUCAUGAUCCUUCAUACCGGGAAAACAUGCAGAGACUCUCCAGACUCCAUAAAGACGUACCUGUAAAGCCCUUAGAUAAUGCUGUCUUCUGGAUCGAGCAUGUUAUGAGGCAUGGUGGUGCUCCUCAUCUACGAACUGAAUCUUACAAAAUGCCCUGGUAUUCUUAUCACUCUGUUGAUGUCCUGCUGUUCCUGCUGUCUGUAGUUUCAUUAAUAGUCUUUAUUACGUACAGAGUGAUCAGAUAUUGCUGCUGUAGGCUGUGCAUGAGGAGGAAAACCACCAAACGAGAGUGAUUCUUAGUUUUGAAAAUGUCUGGUCAAUGACCUUAUUGAUUUUAAGAAUCACUUUUACAGUUAAGUCUGAUAUAAUUACAAUAAUAAUGGGUUAUAUGUCUUGAUCUUACAGGAGGCCAUCACUAAAUAUUUUUGAGUGUGGGGCUAAGCUUUAUCAAGGGGGAUCUAAGAAGAAACCUCUGAAUAAAAACGUUCCACAUUAUGAAACCUUUUUUUUAUUAUUAUAUAGACAACAAAUUAGAAUAAAUGCCUUAUAGCAGUGAGUGUGUUUGUUGGUACAGACACUUUAUGAGUUUAAAAUGCCUCUACUAACAAGAGCCUCAAGCAAAUACAUAAGCAAUGGUACUGGCUCCAAUAUACACUACUUAAACUCUAAAAAAUAUUCAUUGGUACAGUAAAAUGUGCUUUUGUUCAAUGGUUCUUCAGCUUUCCUUUAACAUAUGGGUGAAACGUUUUUACAGAUAACAUAUUUGACACCAGAUUUCCAUUUCUAUUUAAAUUAUAUUUAUUUCCUCUUAUUAAUUUGACUUAUUUUUGACACAAAGAAAUCAGAGGAGAGCAGAGCAGUAUUAGGUAUAUCAGGGUAUUUCAUGCUUAUGAAUGUGAACCGGUAAACAGUGCUGAAUCCUGCUGGAUCUGUUCAACAGGACAGUAAACUCCAGCUAACUCAUGUGCUCAGGAUAGCCACCCAGCUAAUCACAGCUAUACACUUCCCCGCCCCCACAGACUGAGCACCAAUCAACAGAUGUGCAAAUCCAAAUUAGCAUUUUAACUCUUGAGCAUUAAAUUCAGCAUCUGAACAUUUAUAAUGUUUCAUUUUUAAAGAUUCUAAAUCUAAACAUGUUUAGAAUAUAAAACAAAACAACAAGAUCCCAAAGUAUUUCCUAUAUCCUCGCUGUCCAAUGAAAAAACAAGUAUCUCCGUUUCUGUCGAUUUAUAGUUUUUCCUACAUAAUUUGAACAGACAAACUGUCUCUACACUGUGUCAAAAUUUCUUGAUAAACAGACCAAUAGAAAUAUCUAAAAAAUAAACUCUUUUUACAUUGACAUUCAUUGAAAGAAGGUUUUUUCUUUUUCCUGUAAAGUAAAGUUUUGAAGAUACUUGCUUUUUUUGGACAGCGGUGAUAUAUAGUAAAUAUACCGUAUAUAUGUUGAUCAAUGUUUAAUUAGACACAUUAAUGUACAGUUCUGUACUUUUGUACAGUGUUAGGGUAAACUUCUGAAAAUCUGGAAUUAACUUUCUGAAGAUUUUGUUGGAUUUAUUGUGCAUUUUAGAUAAAUACA